GCAACCUUUGAUACCACAAAGAGGCUCUAUUGAAGAGCAAAAUUCAACUGGAUAUUUUGAUCAUUUUGACUGAUGGCAUUGAGAAAACAGAAGAGCAAGAUGAGACAUUCGCUUUAUGAUCAGGGCUUUUACAAACGAUUGCACGUCUGCGAUUAUGCUGAACCUUUGGACGAACGCGUUGCUACAUUCCCCGGACUUGAAAAGUUGAUAAUCGCUUUUUUCAGCUUCCAGACAAUUGAUUUAGUGUAAAGUGUAGGCACAGAACAUCCUUCGAUAACGAAAAAAAAAACUGAACAGCUUGUCUGCAGCAAUGUCCGAAUCGUUUGGCGAACAAUUGUUCAUUUAUUCAGUUUUAUCGUAGCAAUGAGCACAACACAGUAGAAAUAUGAAUUUCUACUUCAUUUUAUUGGCUAGUGUAUUUUUUAGCGGAAGUGAAGCAAAUAAAUUCAAUGUUACGUACACAGAGCUUCAAUUUUGCAAGGAAUACGAUGUGAAAGCUGGAUACAAAUAUUCGAGUUUCUUUCAUAUCGAUUCGCUUAAGCCGAAUCGAAAUCUUGCUGAUAAGGAUGACACAAUUUUGAAUUUACGGCUAUUUGUGUUAGCUACGAAAGAUGCACACAUUCUGCUAUCGCCAACGGAUCAAAUCAAAUCAUCACCCAUCUAUGAAAUUGUACUUGGAGCUGGAGGGAAUACGUUCAAUGAAAUACGGCGGCAACGCCAAAGUCAACCGCUUUCAACGAAACGACAAAGCAAUUUUCUAAGUUCAACAGAUGUGAUGCCCUUAACGGUUCGCAUAUUGAAAUCGGGAAAUAUUAGCAUUGCUAUCACUGGACAGCCACCAUUCAUUACAGCCUUUGAUCCAAAUGUGCUGGACAUCAAAUACAUUAGCUUCAGUACUUGGGGUACAGCCGAAGCGAAAUGGUUCUAUGAUUGUGAAAAUGAUUCGACUGGAGAUAUAUUAUCGCCCAUUAACCAGAAUUUGACAGACGUUCAGCGUUUGCUAAAUGAUUUACUAAAUGGAUAUGAUCCAAAUAUUGUUCCCAUCGAUUUGGGCACUGUUUUUUUGGACUUUGAUUUGGUGAAUGCCGAUUUCAAUUCGAAAAAAUCCUUUUUGACCUCACAUGGACGAUUUCGAGCGAAUUGGAUCGACCCAAAAAUGAGGUGGAAAAAAGGAGAAUACGGUGGUAAGUCACGGAUUCAUUUGGACAAAGUUGGACCCGCUGAUCUGAUAUGGACGCCACAGAUUCGAUUGUUAAACGGCAAAGACGACCACUUUGGAUCGAUACCAUUACUGUACACGGUGACGAUCUUUUCAAAUGGAAGUAUUUGGGCAGAAUCAAUGUCAACUACUUUUUCUACGUGGUGUCUGAAUUUGAAUCGAAAUUGGCCAUACGAAGCGGUUAGUUGUAACAUACAAAUACAGUUGGAUCAUUUCACAAGUGCGACGUUAAUUCCAUUGAAUAAGACAUUUUACAUCAUACCGAGGAGUUCAAGAUAUGAUUUUGAUGGGGGCGAAUGGCGUGUAAUUGAAACGAAAUCCAUAUCUUCAGUGCAAUCAAAUCCCAAUAUACCAUAUACGGUUGUGACAGCCGAUGGAUUAAGUAGCUCCAUAUCUACGCUAGAAAUAAAUGUUAUUCUCCAACGAAAUAGUUUGUUCUAUAAUCAACUCAUAUCAGUGCCUCUUAUUGGGGCCUUUUCAUUAGUUUUACUAUCAUUUUGGGUGGAACGAUUUCUUCGAAUCAUGUUGAAUGCUCUAAGUUUAUUCAUUUUGAUAGCAAUGCUCUUGAUACUUGCCGAUCAUGCGCCAAAUUAUUAUACACCAACUGUAGUCGUUUACUACACGUGUUCAUUGUAUGUGGUGUGGGCUUCGUUACUCACUUUUACCAUUCAUUGUUGGUUUAAAGAACGAAAACCAAAUAUUGAGCUGUUUACACAAAUCGCUUCAUCCACAUGGGUACAGUUGGUAUUUGGCCUGAGUUUUGACGAUACCUAUGAAUAUAAGGACUUCGAAGAGGAUGCCACCAAUGAUUUCUCCAAAGUCAUAGAUCGUUUCUUCUUUUUCAUUUUCUUAAUGAUAUUUUUUAUUUGUACUGCUGUCGGAUAUUAGAAUUAAACAAAAAUACAAUUCUG